ACAUUCAUUCCGGGGAGAUCCAAAAUCCAAUCUCAAUCCCAGAAUAGACCCCCUCACUCACACCCACAUAUACAUACACACCUCCCUAUAUCUAUAAUCCAUAUAAGUAAAUAAUAAUCUAUAAAAUAAAAAAAAGGGUUCUUUACAAUAAAAACACCCCAAACUCCCAAUGGUGGAAUCCCAAUCAUGGACAACUCGCCGGAGCAGCAACCCACGGCUAGAGACCUCCGUGGACAUCCCAUCUACACCCACCGGCGAAGUCCGUUACGGCACCGGAAACACCACUUUCUUCACAUCAACUUCCUUAAUCUCCCCGACAUUCUUAACAGCCGCCAUUAUAGCUUCAUGGUAUCUCUCAAACAUAGGUGUCUUAUUACUUAACAAAUAUUUACUCAGUUAUUAUGGCUAUAAAUACCCCAUUUUUCUUACAAUGUUACACAUGAUCUCAUGUACACUAUAUUCCUUAAUCGCCAUUCGUUGGUUUCACAUUGUCCCUUUUCAACAUAUUUUGUCUAAGAAACAGUUUUUUAAGAUUUUUGCUCUGUCUGCCAUCUUUUGUUUUUCUGUUGUUUGUGGGAAUACUUCCUUAAGAUACUUGCCUGUUUCGUUUAAUCAAGCUAUAGGUGCAACGACGCCGUUUUUUACGGCGAUUUUUGCUUUUGUUAUCACUUGUAAAAAAGAAACAGCUGAAGUGUACUUAGCUUUAAUGCCGGUUGUUUUUGGGAUUGUUUUAGCUAGUAAUAGUGAACCCUUGUUUCAUUUGUUUGGAUUUAUGAUGUGUGUCGGGUCAACUGCGGGUCGGGCUUUGAAAUCGGUUGUUCAAGGGUUGUUAUUGACUUCAGAUUCGGAGAAAUUGCAUUCGAUGAAUCUGUUGUUGUAUAUGGCACCAAUGGCAGCUAUGAUAUUGUUGCCUUUUAGUUUGUAUAUUGAAGGGAAUGUGUUUGGGAAAACGGUUGAAAAGGCGAAAGGGGAUUCCUUUAUGGUGUUUUUGUUGAUCGGGAAUGCGACUGUUGCGUAUUUGGUUAAUUUGACUAAUUUUUUGGUUACUAAACAUACGAGUGCGUUAACGUUGCAAGUGCUUGGGAAUGCGAAAGCUGCAGUGGCUGCAGUUGUCUCUGUUUUGAUUUUCAAGAAUCCGGUCACAGUUAUGGGGAUUUCUGGAUUUGCUGUUACGAUUAUGGGCGUCGUGAUUUACAGUGAAGCGAAAAGAAGGUUGAAAGUUACAGCUCAUUGACAGCGAGAGGAAAGGAAAAGAAAAGAAAAAAACAUCACACGGUGCGAAUUCUUUGUUUAUUCCUUGUUCAUUUGAAUUAUAGUGCCUUUAAUUUUUGUUUAGAAUUUAAGAAAAAAAAAAAAGUUGGGAUAAAGAAAAAGCAAAGAACAUAAUUCGAUUCGAUUGGAUAUGAAGAUAUGAUCUAUUGAAUUGGAAAAAGGGGAUUCUGUUUUGUUUAUGUUUCUGUAUCUUUUUCAAAUUUAUGCUUUAUUGCAUAGUUGUUCUUGAUUGGGGGCGAUUUUAUUAGGGGGGCAAUAGAAAAGAAUGUUCUACUUUCUAGUAAUUGUAAUACGAAUUACAUGAAAAAUUCUUCAAAUUACAUCA